AGUACAUAAAGUUAAAGCAUGCGACCUCUGAGGGUCCGAGAGUCGCAGGGCGACAAUAGCACAGACAGUUCCGGUUCCAUGCAGGAGCUCGACCAUUACCUGGAAUCCGCCACUAGUCGACUCUCGUUGCAUGGCGCCAAUGAGGAACGCCAAAGCUCCUCCACGCUGCGACGUUCGAAUCGCCAUACAAGACGCGCAGUAGAAGAUCAGGAGAAUCGCCCACCGGCAGCCAGGCUGCAGCAGAACUCCGGGGCAGGCGAAUCAGGAGCAGCAGCCCCAGCACCAAGACGAAGAAAACAGCGCGGACCCUUGAGCAGGGCCAACCAGAUGGAACGAGAGAUCAGACGCCUGCGGUCAUCUACUGAGCCAUUAAUACCCCGCCUUUCGUUCGCUCGAUUGGUGCGAGAGUUGAUGAUAAAGUGUAACAAUCCGCCGUUUAGGAUCACCGAGAGCGCAUUGGCAGCGCUGCAAGAGUCUUCGGAGCUCUAUUUGACGCAUCGCUUCGAGGACGCCUACAUGCUCACCCAUCAUCGCGGCCGUGUGACACUGGAGUUUAAGUUUGAUAUCUUAGCAAAGAUACAAGGAUAGCUAACAAGCGGACUGGCACCGUGAUUAUAACCAAAUACAUUUCCGAUUUUUGUUUAUACAUAUGUAUGUAUACAUUUUACCAUCGUUCUGUCCUUAUUAUCCAUCUUACUAAUAGUUUAAAAGUAUUUAAAAUUAGUUUGUAAGUGAAAUGAAUAUCAGUGAAGAAAUGUAACC